GGAAGUCGUUUUGCUGUUCUUUUCAAAGUCUGUUAGUUUUACACUCCCCGCGCUCGAAUUUAAUCAAUUCCCCAAUUUGCUCUAGCGCGGGUUAGCUUAUACCGGCAUUAAUGGAAGCGGAACACAUUCACUGCAAAUUUAGAAAAGACUUUGAAAGAGGUAGCUUGAAAGCCACACUGCUUUUCAAUGGUUGCCCCCAGGAAGAGAGUUCACGCGAUUCUCAUUCGUCGUGGCCCUGAUGGAAGUGCCUUCCAACAAUGCGAAAGCUGUGGCCUUUCUGUAGCAAUUUCUCUGGCGGAUCUUCAUGAAUGCGGAGACAAAAGGAAUGCCGUCAAGAAGGCCAAAAGUCAAUGCCAGAGCAAAGAAAGAAAAGGGCAGACGAGUAGAAAUGGUGAAGAACUGAGGUUUCAAGAUCAACCCAGAUCAGCAUUUCGCUUAUUUAUGGAGGAGUUUGAGAAGACAUGUCAUGAUGAGAAUGAAAUUGAUGUUGAUCGGAGAGGGUUUCAAACAUGGAGGAACAUGUCAAAGAUGGAGAGGAAACCCUACGAAGUUCGAGCGGCAAAGAUCUGUUCAGCUUACUUAAAAUGCUUAAUCGAGGAGGAGAAUAAUAUGAUGCCGGUGAAUGAUGAAGCUGAUUCAGCUGAGGUUCGGAAUUAUGACGAGGAUUCUGAUGGGUUCUUGAGAUAUGAUUCAGAGGAAAGCAAGAGCCUCAGCUCCUACUUGAAAUGGAAAUCGAAGCAUGAGUGGUUGUUCCAUUGAAAGCCCUGAUGACUCGGAGUAUCACUCAUUCAUUUGUGAAGUUUUGACAGAUAUAUGCAUUAGAAGUAGUACAAAGUAUAGAGAUGAUGGGGCAUUAAUCUUUGAUGUUAUCGAGAGGCUCAAGGUUCUUGUUUGCACGUCGAAUCUCUGUGACUCUCUUUCCUGUAUAUAAGCUGAUGAUUUUGAGAAAACUUUACUUCAGGACGCUUUUUGCUUGCUCCAAGUUCCCAACUCACUGUUAUCUCAAUGGGAGAUAUCUGUAAUGAUAUGAUUUUGAAAUUUCC